AUGUUAAAUACCGAGCCCAGCUCACCCUGGUCAGCCUGGAGGUCUGGCUUCUCAGUCAACAUGAAGGCUCUCCUUAUUCUGGGGCUUCUCCUCCUUUCUGUCACUGUCCAAGGCAAGGUCUUUGAGAGAUGUGAGCUUGCGAGAACGCUGAGAAGAUUUGGACUGGAUGGCUAUAAUGGAGUCAGCCUGGCAAAUUGGAUGUGUUUGAUCCAUGGAGAAAGCCGAUAUAACACACAAGUUACAAACUACAAUCCUGGAAGCAAAAGCACUGAUUAUGGGAUAUUUCAGAUCAACAGCAAAUGGUGGUGUAAUGAUGGCAAAACCCCAAGAGCAGUUAAUGGCUGUGGUGUAUCCUGCAGUGCUCUGCUGAAAGAUGACAUCACUCAAGCUGUAGCAUGUGCAAAGAAGAUCGUCAGUCGGCAAGGCAUUACAGCAUGGGUGGCGUGGAAAAACAAGUGUCGAAACCGAAAUGUCAGCAGUUAUAUUCAGGGUUGCAAACUGUAACUCUGGAGUUUUCUUUCUUCUGCUCAUCUGUCUCUUUUUCAUAUUAAGAAGUAAUAGUUGAGUAAAAGGUUAUACUAGCACUCUUUCAAAUAAAUAAUGCUUUCACAGAAGCAGGAGCAUGUGGUCUUUCUUCUAAGAGGCUUGCUGCUUACCUCAUGUGUUUAUUGUUUGAUAUUACUACAACAUAUUUCAGGUACUAAACAGAACUAAUGCUGGUGAAUAUUUGUCUAAAACCUUAGUUAUCAAAUGUAUCCCUAGUACAUUAAGUUCUUAAUCAAAGAAAUAACCCAGACUGAAUUUUGAAUGAUACAAGUACUCCCCAAUAUUUAACACAAAUAUUACAAAAGAAUAUCUUUAAACAAAUUGAUCUUGGGCAAAGGCCCACUGUGUAGGCAUGUGAAUUUUCAUCUGUCCAGCCAAAAGGAGAUGAAUGCCAAAUGGCUAUAUAUGAAAACAGCCUGAAUUAAGAAUUUUGUUUUCAUACAGUGUGGCCUUUGAUUUAAAUGUUUUUGUAGAAAUGUUGCAUUUACACAGCUUGAGAAAUAAACUCACAAUUUAUACAUCAACCUAUUUUAGCCUUUUUAAAGAACUCAUAUAUACAUCUUACUGAUUCUGGAACAUAAAGAAGGAUUAGAUGAGCUGAUGCUUUUCCUUAAUUUUAUUAGCUUAGAUUCCUACUCUAUGACAAAUUCAGAGGUAGAUGAGCUUGCAAGCAUUGAAUUAAUUGCUAUUAAAUAGAUGUGAAAUUGUGCA